GAGGUAACUAGAAUAGAAACAGAACUAAAAUAAAAACUCGCUAGAGUCCACGGCUGGGAUCUGAUUAAAAAUGCAUAUAUUUGGAAGGGAAAAUUAUGAAACCUAAGCAUUUUAUGUGAAGCACCAGAACUGAAUGGAGUUCACAUUCCUUUCACACAAAAUCCUACUAUUGGUUAAACUUUUUAAAUUUCAGCAGUGCGCUGGUGUGGUGUCACCCUAAUUUUGUUGUUACUGUUAAAUGACUGGAAUGCUAUCACUUUACUUACUUACUUUCUUAGGCGAUCCCUCGUAGCUUGAGGAUGAUUGUCUUGCAGAUGUGGUGUCUUGGCGGUGGGUCCGUAGGUGGCUUUGGAGCCCUAUUCUUGAUCUGCAUCUUCUCCUGCAGUGAGGACCUCAGUUUCCAGGUGGAAGGUGGUCCCGGUCAGGGUUGGCAUGACACACCUUCCUCUUGGCACAUUUCUCUCUUUCACCCUCCAUUUGUGCCUUUUUGAAUUCUGCAGCACUGCUGGUCACAGCUGACCUCCAGUUAGAGCGCUCAAGGGCCAGGGCUUCCCAGUUCUUGGUGUCUAUGCCACAGUUUUAAAGGUUGGCUUUGAGCCCAUCUUUAAAUCUCUUUUUCUGUCCUCCAACAUUCCGUUUCCCAUUCUUGAGUUCGGAGUAGAGUAGCUGCUUUGGGAGACGGUGAUCGGGCAUUUGGACAACGUGGCCAGUCAAGUGGAGUUGAUGGUAGAAGAGCAUCGCUUCAACGCUUCAAACCUUUGCUUCUUUCAGCACACUGACAUUUGUCUGCUUGUCUUCCCAAAAGAUUCUCAAGAAUAGUUGACCAAAGUAGAGCUGUAAUGCAUGCCCCCCCCCAUUUAAAGAAGAAGCUAAUAUACCAGUUGUUGGGUGAGGGAAUAACAUUUUGUUGGAGGCAUAACAGAAUCAAAGCAAUCUCCUUCCCCAAAACAUGCUAACUUAAAAAUUGUUGUUGUGGUUAUGUUUCUGGCUGUUGUUGUGUGUCUUCAAGUGUGACCUAAGGUGUCAUAUCUUGGGUUUUCCUAGCAAGCUAAAAUCAAAUACAAUUAUAGUAGAAAUAUGUGUAUCAAAAUGUCCUCACUUCACAGUUCAUUCCUAUACUGUUCCUCCUAGUCAGAAUAUUGGACUGAAGUAAAUAUUAGGGGUGUGUAAUUUUUCAUAGGAGCCCCCGGUGAUGCAGUGGGUUGAACCGUUGAGCUGCUAAACUUGUUGACCGGAAGGUCACAGGUUCGAAUCCUGGGAGCGGCGUGAGCUUCCACUGUCAAUCCCAGCUUCUGCAAACCUAGCAGUUCAAAACAUACAAAUAUUAGCUGCUAUGGACUGGUGGCAUCUGGCUCCUGGAAUAAUCCUCCUAUUCAUCAAACUUACAGGGACCUCCCUGUUUCUUGUUUUCAUGCCAAGCAUCUUCCCCCAUGGCAAUGUCAGUUCUGUUCAUGAAGACAACUGGACAGUAUUGCAUACUACAGAAAACCUGCACAAAGUGACGACUAUUCUUCCUGUGAGAAACACAGCUUCAACCACAGUGAAAGCUCCUGCAGCUCCUGUUCCUUUGAAGUGGGAAGGAUAUCAAGGAAGUGAUUACUGGUUUUCUGAAACUGUGGCUAUCUGGUCCAGCAGCCGAAACGAAUGCAAGAAGCAGAACUCCGACCUAGUGAUCAUCAAGGACAAAAAUGAACUGGAAUUUAUUUAUAAUAAAACAACAUCAUUGGAUUAUUUUAUUGGGCUGUCAUACGUAGAGGAUGAGAGAAAAUGGGAAUGGACUGAUAGCACCGAACUCCAAAGAAAUCUCUUUACAAUGAGACAACCUGAAGUGGGAAAUGACUGUGCGACUGUCAAGGCAAGAGAAGUGAGUCCAACAUCAUGCUUUAAAAAAAGCCACUGGAUCUGCAAGAAAUGAUAACCACCCAAAGAUUAUAACAUAUAGAAAUAUGUUAUUAUAAUGUGUGCUUACAAUAGACAAAUAUUAUCUGUUCAAAUAUGCUAUUGUCUUUUCAAUAAAUAAUAAUAAUAAUAUAUUAAAAACCACCCAAAGAUUAUAGAAGAGACAAACUAUGAGCACAAAUUCCUGCUUAUUAAAAGAGUAUAUCUUAUCAUGGUCUUACUUCAUUGUCAGCUUUCUAUUAUUGUACUCAUUUCUGUUUUGUUAUUGUUGGCAUGUCAUUAUCAAUUGCUAGUAGAGUAUACUGUGGAGUAUUUUUUGCUCUCAAAAUCUUAUAUCAAGCAAUUGUUUAUUUAUUUAUUUACUAUAUUUGUAUACUGUCCUUCUCAGCCUUCAGGCGAUUUGUUGGCCAAAUGAUAUUCCAAGAGGGAUGGAACUGUGACAUCACUGUAUAUAAGAAGAAAAUGUCUGGCCGUAUAAUUACUUUGUCAUGAUAGAACACAAUGGAAAACUAGUUUGUCAUUUCCACCAAUUCACUUGCUCUCUUCGUAGAGUGAAUAAAAGAUUAACAGCACUA